AAAUUUUGGGGUCAUUUUGAACGUUAUGCUGCAAACGAUUGCGCACCUCCAGAGUGCCGGUUUCCUGACUAUCAAGAAGGAGCCACCUAAACCCGUGAGGACGGCCCUCUGCGUCACGCUGGCGGCGCGCCUCUUCCCCGCCUCGAUAGACCACCUGCUCUACUACCAGCGAAGGAAGCAGUUUGGAGCCGCCAACGGUAUCAACCCGGGUGGCACUAAAGAUCCCGAGAUGAUGAAGUUUCUGCGCAGUGAAGUACAAGGGAUGCUCGACUCGUUGACGUUCUCUUACUCCCUGUCCCAGAGCGCGACCGAAGAAAACAGGGUUCACUUCUACCGCAGGGUCUCGAAUAUGAUGGUGGCACCAGGGUUCCUGAAUGACAGCACCGGCGCCAUAGCUGACGCCGCUUUGAAAGAAUUGGCAGAAAAUGUUCCACAGGGGGAUGAGAUAGACCUAUACGCCGCCACUCACCAGGCUAGGCAAAAAUUUCCUGCCCUCUACUGGAAACAGAACAGUUCAUACUUGAUGUUCAGGAACCAGUUCAGCCCCUUGUACGCCACGUACACGCCGAGUCUAAACCAUCUGUACGUGCCCAUGGGUGUGUUCACCAAGCCAAUCUUCCGCAACAGCCAAAAGAACCGCAUAUUUGCUGCAACAUCUGGCUACCUGGUGAUGAGCGGGGUCAUGAAAGCCUUGACAUUGAGCGGAUCCAUGGUCGUCGACGGCUUGUUGGCACCUGAGAACUGGGUGGGCUACUCCUGGUCGCGGAAGAUGGAGAGGUACGCCGCCUGCAUUGCGCCAGACCGAAAGAAAAACGACACGAUAGAGUCAAUCAUGGACCUACAUCUCCUAGCAGCUGUGGUGCCAGCAUACAGGUACUACAAGCGUAUGGUCCUCCACAAGGCAUUCCCACGUCCAGAGUUCCGCAUAGACUGGGUCAGCCACCUCAGCUCCACGCAGCUCUUCUUCUACGACUGGGCCUUGUUGCACUGCGGCAGUGAAAUGGGCAAAGAGCUGAUCGACCUCACCGCCAAGAACAACCCAUACUUCCACCAAUCCUUCCAAUGCGAAAAAGGAAACCCGAUGUACAAAGACAAACCGUGCCUUCUCUGGAACACCACCAGGAGAAACUACUGAGCUGCACCAAAAUAAAG